UAUCUUAAUAGACAAAGCAAAAUCUUCUUUUCGUUUAUCUGCGUUAUUAUGAAAUUCAGAUUUUAUAGUAUGGGUAAAAAUUGGUACAGAUUAAAGUUACGGGGUUAAAAUUGAUCCGAAAAAAAAAAGGAGUGGUAGGGUGGUUUUACCAAGGAGAGAGAGAGAGAGAGAGAGAGAGUGCAUAGUCGUGUUUGUCAAUGGCGAUCAAAGCGGGAAAGGUUUUGAGAACGGCGACUGCGGCGGCGAGGAAGUUCCAACAGAAACAGUUCUCAGCCACAUCUUCGGCGCCGGUGUCUCCAUCUUCCGGUGUAGGAUCAUUUCUGGGUAUUCCCAAGAUUCGUCGCUCGGAAUCCGAUUUAUUGAUCUCCAAGUACAUCAGACUUGCCCAGGGUCGAUUGACGAAGAAGGGUGAUUUCACAGAGGAGAAGCUUACGAAAAUGUUGUCUGGUGAAGACAGGGUAGGGAUCGGUGAGACCAUGAAGUUACUCGAGGGUCGCAAAACUGGAGUAGAAUCUUCUAAAAAAACAAACACCGCUCGAUCCAACAAGUAAUUCUUCUGUCUCCAUCGUCAAGCUUUUGCACUUCUAGUUUGCAAGUUUGUUUUUUUUUUUUUUUUUUGUUGGAUUUCUUCAACAACUAGUUGUUGUAUGAAUCACAAUAUAAAUCCAGAAGAUCAAAUAUGUUUUCUUGUAUCAAACAUUCUCUAAAUCAACAACCAUGAGAAAA